AUGUGCGAUCCGCUGUCAGAACACAUCGACCCGGUCGACUCGGUGGUCGAUGGAAUGCUGAACGAGCGGCGGAUGGUCGAGGAGGGUGGUGAGAGCCUCAAAGGACCUUGUGAACAGCUGUUCAAAGAGCGGGAUUACCUACUCAGCAUAACCGACGCCAUCGACGUGAGACUGAGCUACUUCCAGGAGACAUAA